AUGUCGGACCAGGAAUGGGAAAUCCGUACAGGUCGAGCUAUCUACGUGCUGCAGCAGACCCUGCCGGAUUUCUUCGAGAUUGGGCUGGUCGCAGCUGUGGACCGCAGCCAAGGGCCUGCUAUGAACGACGGGAACAUACUGAAGAGGGGAGGGAAGAUACCGGGGCGGGAUGAUGUUGAGGAGAUAUACAGCCCCAAGGUCAUCCUGUCCUACACCCCACCUACCGCGCUGCCCCCUCCUUUUCCUCGGACAUGGCACCUAGAAGGUCUCCCGCUAUACAUGGCGUCUUCCGUCUUCCUGCGCCACACAAUGAAAGCGCUCUACACAGACUUGUCCGUCGAGCUGCGCAAAGUUACCGUGCAAUCUUCUGCCUCGCGCUCGAACGACUCCCCUUCCUUCGGACAGGUAUCGCCCGGAUCUGAGAGUGCAAACCCACGAGACAGUCUGCAUAGGAGGCAGAAGAGCAUGUUCGUGCGGUUGGGCGUGUCUGGGAUCAACAGGGUCAGCGGAGCAACUGGUGAAUGGGAUAUCGCAUCGACGUAUACCUUCUCGCCCACCUCAGGCCUUGUCAGCACGCACACCAUCAACUCUAUCCACCCAGCACCGCAUCUUUCCGCGUACGACAUGCUUCGAGCGGCUCUGGGCAAAUUGGGUCUGGGAGGCAGUGAUAGCGCACCGAAGCCAGGUGUAGGUGCUGGCGCAGCUUGUGAGGGUUCACAGCCCCGUACAUCCUCCUUGAGCGAAAGAAAGCGGUCGUAA